UCAGCCACCGAGGUCCUCCUCAUGGCUGCUGUCUUCUGCCUGGUCUUCCUGCUCAUCCAGUCCUUGCAGCAGCAUGUGCCCCAGGGUCUGAAGAGCCCCCCAGGACCCAGAGGCUACCCCAUCCUCGGCAACGCGCUGGAGCUGAGGAAGGACAUGCACCUGGUUCUGACCAGGCUGAGCCAGAAGUAUGGGGAUGUGAUGGAGGUCAGAAUCGGCACCCGGCCCGUCCUGGUGCUGAGCGGGCUGGACACCAUCAAGCAAGCCCUGGUGAAGCAAGGAGAAGACUUCAUGGGGCGCCCUGACCUUUAUAGCUUCCGCUAUGUUACAGAUGGUCAGAGCUUGGCCUUCAGCCCUGACUCAGGAGAGGUGUGGAAAGCCCGCAGAAAGCUGGCCCAGAAUGCCCUGAAGACCUUCUCCAUCACCCCCAGCCCCACCUCCUCUUCCACCUGCCUCCUGGAGGAGCAUGUCUCCAAGGAGGCCGAGUACUUGGUUACCAAGUUCCUGCAGGUGAUGGAGAAGGAGAAGAGCUUUGACCCUUACCGGUACCUGGUGGUCUCUGUGGCUAAUGUCAUCUGUGCCAUCUGCUUUGGCAA